GGGACCCCGAACGGAGUUAGGCUGCGGGUGAGUGCCUGAGCUCAGGGAGUGCCACCUCCCUGCUCUUCCAGACCCUAAGUGAUGUAGACGAUUCAGAUCCACACCUCUGGAGACACCGUUCCUCUCACUGGGCGCCUUUCCGCCCCUUCUAUCUUCCUAGUCCUGCUGACUUCCUUGGCGUCUCUGAGACUGCUAGUCAGGCAGUCUGUUGGGCACUCCAAGGGCGGGGUCCUCGCCGCUUUCUCUGCUGCUUCAGCUUCGGUCCAGAGAGGACCCGGCACCGAAUCACCGACUCGCCCCGGUGUCAGGAAAAUGAUCCACAGUCUAUUUCUCAUCAACUGCUCUGGCGACAUAUUUCUAGAAAAACACUGGAAGAGCGUGGUAAGCCAGUCUGUCUGUGACUAUUUCUUUGAAGCUCAGGAGAAAGCUGCGGAUGUUGAAAAUGUCCCACCUGUCAUCUCAACACCUCACCACUACCUCAUUAGUAUCUACCGGGAUAAGCUCUUCUUCGUGUCUGUCAUACAGACGGAAGUGCCACCUCUCUUUGUGAUUGAGUUUCUGCAUCGAGUUGCUGACACUUUUCAGGACUACUUUGGUGAGUGUUCAGAGGCUGCAAUUAAGGACAAUGUGGUCAUAGUGUAUGAGCUCUUGGAAGAGAUGCUAGACAAUGGGUUCCCUCUGGCUACGGAAUCUAACAUUCUGAAAGAACUAAUUAAACCACCAACAAUUCUACGUUCCGUCGUCAAUUCUAUCACAGGCAGUAGUAAUGUUGGGGACACACUCCCCACCGGACAGCUAUCCAACAUCCCAUGGCGUCGAGCAGGAGUAAAGUACACAAACAAUGAAGCCUAUUUUGAUGUAGUUGAAGAAAUAGAUGCAAUUAUAGAUAAAUCAGGAUCUACAGUCUUCGCAGAAAUUCAGGGGGUCAUUGAUGCUUGCAUUAAGCUCUCUGGAAUGCCUGAUCUCUCGCUCUCUUUCAUGAACCCAAGACUUCUAGAUGAUGUCAGCUUCCACCCGUGCAUCCGGUUCAAACGUUGGGAAUCAGAAAGAGUUUUGUCAUUUAUUCCUCCAGAUGGGAAUUUCCGACUCAUAUCAUACCGUGUCAGCUCACAGAAUCUAGUGGCAAUACCAGUGUAUGUGAAACACAGUAUCAGUUUUAAGGAAAACAGCUCUUGUGGCAGAUUUGAUGUAACAAUUGGACCAAAACAGAAUAUGGGAAAAACUAUUGAAGGAAUCACAGUGACUGUUCACAUGCCAAAAGUUGUGCUGAACAUGAACCUGACACCAACACAAGGCAGCUAUACAUUUGAUCCAGUAACCAAGGUACUAGUAUGGGAUGUGGGGAAAAUUGCUCCACAGAAGCUCCCAAGUCUUAAAGGACUGGUAAAUUUGCAGUCAGGAGCUCCCAAGCCAGAAGAGAACCCCAGCCUCAACAUACAGUUCAAGAUCCAGCAGCUUGCUAUUUCAGGCUUGAAAGUGAACCGCUUGGACAUGUAUGGCGAGAAGUAUAAGCCAUUUAAAGGAGUCAAAUAUGUCACAAAGGCUGGGAAGUUUCAAGUGAGGACAUGAGAAGAGGCCAAAAUUCCUCAAGAUGUUUGUUUUUCAAGUGUAAUUAACAAUUUAUUACUAUUAGGUACCGAGUGGGUGGUAAUACAUAUAAAGCAUUUGUGUCAGGCUACACUGCUAACAGAGUUGCUUAGUAUCAAUGUAGGGUUCUUAAGGAGCUUUAAGCUAAGGAAAGUUUUCUAAAGACUUAGCUUAUUUUGUAUCUUUUCACUUAGGAAAAGAUUUAGAUUUCUUCCAAGGGGGCUACCAGCUGAAUGCUGCACAUUGUAACAGUAAAGACAGAGGGCUGCAGCUGUAGCCUCUCUCCUAAAGCCAGUGAUAGAGUCUCAUCCACCAGCAGGAACUGGUGUGUGUCGGGUGCAGCCAAACUUCACACCUUCUGAUCUUAGCCAUCUUAAAUCAGUGUCUGUCCCUCGAAAGGAGAUUCCCCCACCCCAAGAAGUUUACAGAAAACUGCCUCUUCAAGUGUUUGCCUUACUCAGCUUUUCACUUGUGCCAUUAAGCAAGCACUGUAGCAAAAGCCACUUUCACAUGGCUCCGUGCUCCAUUCUCACUGUACUUGGUAUUCUAUUUUUUAUAAAUAAGAUUUUUAUGUAAAGCUCAGAUUUUGAUUUACAAGGACCUUGCUGCAGUAGAUACACCAUCAGCUGCUAGAUAGCACAGUCAACAUCAUUUGCAUCAAAGGGGCAAAUACUUUAUUAAUAAAAGGGAACACUACUUCUGCUUAUAGGAAGUUAUUGCAGGCACAAGUGUGCUUUUAAACAAAUUAAAGUAGUAAAAGAGAAAAUUAAGCAAAACCUUGCCAUUUCCAUGUUUCAGUAAAGCUUUAUCUAAUGCCACUGUAACCUAGUUAGCCUGAAAGUCUCGUGUCCUAGUUCAGCAGGAGAAAACCGUGUCUGCUUCACUACUAGUGUUCUUUCUCUUUUCAGUCUUUUAUCUUUCUGUGCUUAAAUGGUUGGAUUUACCUGUAUGCCCUGUAUUUGGAGGAGCUCCUUUUCAUAGUUCGUAUAUCCUGAGGCCAUUGUGAUAGGCAUCUUUCCUAAACUUCCCACCUUGUCAAAAUGCGACUGAAGCACUUAAGUGUCUUUGUUGUACUAUGUACACGAAGAGCAUUACUGAAGGACAAACAUUCUCAGUCAUGAUUUAUACCAAUUGAUUGUAACACUGGGAAAGUCUAUGACUCAUUCCAUUCUACAUCAUUUGCUUGGAAAUCCUUUAUGCAGUGAUUUUGCCUCAUUAGACAUGAAAAUGGAGGAAGGCUGAAAGUUAAGAUAUAAGUGUUGCUCUUCCUAUUUCCCCUUUGAUUUUCUUUAGACUUAGUUUUCUUAUCCUGUGGCCCAUUAUUUUCUUCCAUCUCUCUCUUACAGUCCCUGUUGGAGUGCUGGUGAUACAGUAGCAUGGUUACUGUUGCCCUCAUCUAAUAAGAAAGGCCAGCUUUUGCAGCUUCAAAUAGAAAUUACUUGAGUAACCAAUCUUAGAUUGGCAGCUUUAAGUCAAAAUGCAAAAUAUCUAAUCGCUUUCACUAAGAUUGGUUAUCUAGCUCUAAUUUAAAUAUCUUGUCUUUUACCUCAAAAACAAUUGUGACAGUUGAAUUUCUUCACAAUCCCUUGUCUCACCAUCAAUACCUAGACUGUCCAACAUUCCUCCUGUGCAGUCUUGUCUUUCAAAGUGGAACAUAUACCAAGAGUCCUUUGUCUCUAAUAAUUUCUGCUAAAACAGCCAAGCAGACUGUGUUCCUUUCCAGUUAAAUUGUUGUACUUAUUAAUUUGAUAGAGCCCAGUAAGUCCUUUUCGUAGCUCUGUCUAUAAUGUCAAUAAAAAUAUGAACGCAACAAACUGA